ACUAGCACUCGACGAACGGUCACACAGGUUGAUUGCUAAGGGUUUUUUUGCUAAUACCAAAACUAAACGCUGCUCGUAAAAACGUCAAAACGCGACAAAAUAAGUAAUAAAAAGUAAUUACACUUGCAUAAAUAUAUAUAUUUAAGUUCACUGCGACGCGACACAACGAGCGAAUCCGCCAUCGGCUCGGCUGUGGGACGUGCAAUGUUUAGGAUCCGUGUCAAAAUGGGUCCGCAACGCAACCACAACAACAAUGGCAAUGGCAACAGCAACAGCCAUGGCCGCAUCAAUAAGGAAUGGACCUGCUGCUUUGGCCUGCACGUACAUACCGCUACGCUAAUGAUUGGCCUUUGGCAUCUGUUCUUAAAUAUUCUGGCGCUAAGCGUGCUGGCUGUCAUCUGGCGCAAUCCGGAAAUGAUGGAUGAAUUGGAAAGUGGCAGUCAUGAUUUUACCGUUGAUCUGAAUGCACCUGCAUUGCCCACACCGUUGAGCAAAGUGGAUCCACCUUACGCCUAUCGUGAUCAUUCCUUCAACUAUCGUAAGCGUUACCAGAACUUUGAUAUGGGCGGUCUGGUGUGCACCUGCAUGAUAGCCAUUACCCUGAUGAUGAUAUAUGGCACUAUCAAGGGCAAGCCGUCACAUCUUUUGCCCUUCUUCUGCCUGCAGCUGUUUGACUUUGCCAUUACGACUUUGACUGCGGCUGGUUACCUAUGCUAUCUGCAGGCCAUCCAUCGUUUUAUUGCCGAGUCUCAUCGGCUGCCGUGGCGCGAGAAGCUGCUGGAGCUGCCCCCAGAGGAGCUCGUUGUGGUUGUGCUAGUGGUUUUCGUGUGCAUCGUGUUCCUUAAAGCCUAUUGCAUUGGCAUCGUAUGGCGUUGCUAUAAGUACUUGACGCUCCGGCAACAGCAUCUGCGCAGUUUGCUGCCCUGCGUCCUGCCCGAAAUGGCAGUACGUGGCGGCAUUGUUGGAGGUGGUUUUGGAUCUGAGGAGCGCACGUAUUCGACACUGCUGCCCAACUAUGAUGAGGCAAUUGCUCAAUAUUUGAAACAGGCACCGCCGCCAUCCUAUCAGGUGGCUAUGUCCAACUAUCAGAAUGAGGACGAGAAUGUCGCUGGCGAGGCACAGGCUCAGCCGGACGGUGGUGGCAAUACACCAUUGUUUGUGGCACUGAAUGCAGGCGCUGUCAAUGCUGCACCUAAUUUGGAUGACAACGUGGACAACAACAACGAUAUGCCCAACAACAACAAUACGGUUCAUGUCAAUGCCAACACGCCACCAAUGCGACGUAGCGAGCAAACGAAUCCUGGUAGCGAUAACGUAUCCGAUGAUGGCAACGAAGACGAUGCUGAUCUAGAGGUUAUUGAUGCUGGCAUUGAUGUAAUCGAAGGCGCAGUUCCGCCACCGCCAUACAACGAUGUUGCUGCAGCUGCUGCUGCUGCCGCUGGUCAUGUGCAAGGAGGAUCGCAGUCGCCGCUUAGCCGCCAGGUGAACAUACCCGGUCAGGUGCCUGGGCGCAACGAGAGUCAGGCCUAAGUUGUGAUUUCUUUAAAAGUUUUACAUGAUUAUUGUGUUGUGAGCAGAACCCUUCGCCCACACGCUGGCCCUUCUCCCCCCCUCUCUCUCUUUGUCUCUCUCUCUCUCUUUCUCUCUCUCUUGCCCUGCCACAAGCACAACUUUUGUACUUUGGUUGCAAUUUUUCCCCCUUACCCCACUCUCACAGAGACAAAUCCAAGCAGUUGAAUUUCACCCAUCCCUGUUCUCAAUCGUCUAUUAAUAUUGUAUACAAAAAAAGAAAACAAAAAGCAAAAAUAUUGAGAAACGUUUUGAAUAUAGAAAAUCAUUCAAAUGUAUACCUCUAGCCGUCGCGUAUUGUUGUUGAACUUGAAAACGCAUUAGACCUAUCCGUAUAAAUAAAUAAUCUCUGAAUUUUGCUCUUCAAGUUAAAUUAUUAUAUACGUAAAGCACUGGUUUUCAUUUAUUUAUCAUGUGAAUUGUACCUAGAUAAGCGCAAGUAGUUGUUACCAAAAAGAAAUGAGAGCCAAGCGGAUGUUACCAGAAUCUGAAAGGGAAGUCUAUGCGAACGCAUAUUCUUUUUAUGUUCUAAGCUAACUUUAAGACUUUGUGCAUAUUAUUAACACAGUAUGUCAAUUUCUGUUUAAGUUUCUGUCUAUUUUGUUUUUACUUCAAUUACCACACUUCAAAGACAUCCAAAAAAAAUAACAAAAACUACAAAAUAUAACAAUAUUUUAUGUA